AAAGGAAAAUCAAACUGUUAAUGUUACAAAACUGGUACCAAACAAUUUAUUUUACUGUCUGAAAAAAAGAAUGGUGCAAAUAGCAUUGACAUUGAGAAAUCCAGCCAGAAAUGCAUAUACAUUGAACAUUAAAUAAAACACCUUACUAAUCUGUACAUUGAACUAAACUGCCUGUGCUAGUAAAAUAUAAAACCUGUUUUUAUUUGGAGAUCAAAUUAGUGCAGAAAUGUCCCCAACAGACUGCAGCUGUAUUAGCUGUGUCUGUGCUCCUCAGAUACACCUGCACUGUAUUUAACCGGGUAUCUGAUUCCCUCUCUCUGCUAGACCAUGCGGGGGCUGCCGGUGUCCACGAUGACCUCUGUGCUGGUGCUGCUGAUCGGGCUGGUCAGUGCUGAUGAAGUGACGAGAGGGGAUGGCUGCCUGUCGGGACACCCUGGAAUUCCAGGGGACCCCGGCCACAACGGGAUACCAGGACGGGACGGGCGAGACGGAGGGAAAGGGGACAAGGGAGACUCAGGUGAGCUGGGUACUUGUGGUCCCCCUGGAAAUGAUGGCUCGAAGGGAGAUAAAGGAGACCCAGGCACUCCAGGCAUUGCUGGUGUCAAAGGGAGGCGAGGAGAGACGGCCGAGAGAGGGGCCCCUGGAAAGUUGGGCCCCCAGGGGGUUCCUGGGCCAGUGGGCAAUACAGGACAAAAAGGGGACCGUGGGCUUCCAGGGCCACAGGGGCCUAAGGGAGAAGUGGGCCCCCGAGGGCCGCAGGGGCUGCAGGGAGUUGUCGGCCCCCAAGGAGAGAUUGGGUACCCCGGGCCUAUUGGGCCUACUGGCAUAGAAGGGCCUAAGGGUGAGAUAGGGGUCCCGGGUCACAAAGGCAACAUUGGGCACCAAGGCGAGAAAGGGGAUCGAGGAGAGGCAGGGGAGAAGGGAGCUACUGGGGACAUGCCCACCGUUUAUAGGAGUGCCUUCUCUGCUGGCCUGACUGAGCUCUCCAAGCUCCCUCCCGCCAACGCUCCCAUCAAGUUCGACAAGAUCAUCUAUAACCGGCAGGGCCACUACGAGCCCUCGACGGGCGUGUUCACAUGCGUGUUCGCGGGGGCCUAUUACUUCACCUACCACAUCACUGUGUACACGAGGAGCGUGAAGGUGGCUCUGGUGAAGAGUGGCACAAGGGUGCUGCACACGGCCAACAGGUACCAGAGCAGCGAGGACCAGGCCUCGGGGGGUGCCGUGCUGCAGCUCAGGGAAGGGGACACGGUGUGGCUGCAGGUCAUCGGAGGGGAGUUCUCCAACGGCCUAUUCGCCGACGAGGAUGACGACACCACCUUCACAGGCUUCCUGCUGUUUGCAGAUUGAGACAAGGGGGAGAGGGGAGAUACCAGCUGAGGCUGCUCUAAAUAUCCAUUCAGCUCUGCCAGUCCUACUCUGUGCCAACUCUCUCUCUCUCUCUACCCCUCUCUCUAUACCCCCUCUCUCUACCUCUCUACCCCCCUCUCUCUACCUCUCUACCCCUCUCUCUGUCUCUCCAUACCCCCUCUCUCUACCUCUCCCUCUACCUCUCUCUCUACCCCCUCUCUCUCUACCCCUCUCUCUGUCUCUCUAUACCCCUUCUCUCUCUACCCCUCUCUCUCUCUACCUCUCUGUCUCUCUAUACCCCCCUCUCUCUACCUCUCUACCCCUCUCUACCUCUCUACCCCUCUCUCUGUCUCUCCAUACCCCCUCUCUCUACCUCUCCCUCUAUCUCUCUCUCUACCUCCUCUCUCUGUAUCUCUAUACCCCCUCUCUCUCUCUCUCUCUCUACCUCUCUGCCUCUCUCUCUCUCUCUCAAUAUAAGAACACAGUGACACAGACAGUUCUGAGGUGGUUCAAAUAAUAAAAGGAUGCAUUGUCUUCCAAGUUCAACAGAACACACUGGGUUUCUUAUACACAAUGACACUGCUCAAACUGUAUUAUGUGAUCUUGCACAUACUUAUAUGCAAGAUACUGUACAAAGUGCACAUGUUGCAGUAUGAUACAUUCUGAGCACAUACGCAGUCUCCAGUCUCUCUUUGUCUUAAUCACUGUAUUGUCACCAGUGUUGCAAAUAAAGUUAUGAUCAAAAGAA